AUGCCUAUUUCGCUUGAGCUGGAUUCAGUCGGCUCGACAUCUCCUUCCCGCGCGGGCAGCGCGAUAUCUUCUGCUGGCUCGCCGUGGGAGCUGGUGGGCUCGGAGUGCGAGGAGCUCCCGGUCUUUCUUGCUGGGCAGGCGCUGAGCCUGCCAGAAGGCGGGGGUCGAAUCCUCGCGACGGCGCGCUGCGGCGGGCCGCUCCUGGUGUUCCUCUGGACGCUCGUGACGGUGGUCCGGGACCCGCCGAGCCCCGAGGAGGAGCCGCUGGAGGGUGAGGAGUUCACGCCUGAGCGGGUGAUGCCAGUGGAGGUAUGGAGCAGGCGCUACUAUCGCCGGAGCGCGACGGAUGGCGUGGAGAUCUUCCUUGUGCGACGGAAGACAGGAAAUUGCUGGGCAGCCCUGUUGCCCGACCUAUCAAUGGGGACCAUCACGAUCACUGCGAAGACGACGGUCUUCGCCGACCCAGUGCCAGGCAUCCGCUGGCAGGCUCUCCCAGCACUCAGCCAGGUGCAGAAGGACAGCUUCAUGCAGCAGGCCACGGACGGGCUGCGAGCAGGGACCAUUCCACCUUUGGACUUGUACCGACCGGGGCGUCAGGCUCAGCAGGCCGUCGCCGUCAACGUGGUCUAUGCCGUGGCCAGUUCUGCGCGCUCUUCGCUGCGUACGGUGCGGUGGGCGCUGCGCUCGCCGUAUCGGUUGCUGGGUUUGCUGGCGCUGGGCUUCGUGCUGUUCGAGGCUCUGAAGUACCUGGGGGUGGUGGACAUGAUCGUGGAGACCUGGCUCGCUUUCGUGAGUUGGAUCGUGACCUGCAGGGACACGCUCAUCGAGUCGUCCGAGACAAUCCAGGAGUGGGUGUCUUACGGUGGCGAGUGGCUGGAGUGGGCUCGAAAGCUCAUGCCGCUGCGGCGCUGGGCGGCCUUGCUGCUGGCCCUCAUCCUGCUCAUGAUCUGGGGAGCUCACGAGAUGCAGGAGGCGGAGGAGGCAGGUCAUUCAUCAGUGGCCUCGUCCUCUGCAUCGUCGGUGGUCGGAGACGUGGGAGGAGCCGCGGCCGUGGCGCCUCCGCUGCCGCCGCCGGUCGCGGCUUCGCCGCCCGCGGCGGCUCCGCCCGACGCCGCGCUCGUGGCCCAGUUGGACGACUUGGCCGAGUCCCAGAGAGCGAUGGCGGCGGAGCUGAACGAGAUCAGGAUCGCCGAACGUGCGCGGGAGCUGAGGCGCUCGGCCAUGGUGUCGUCGAGCGUAGACCGCGGUGCCGAGGCGGCGGCUGCCAACCAGCUGCAGAUCCAGUCCAUGCUGAGUCGCCUCGACGAGUUCGAGGCUCGCUUGCAGGGAGGUGCGGCGGCGGGGUCCCCUGCGGCAGCCGCGGCACCCUCUCCUGCCACCCCCGCGGGCGCGGCGGAGGGUCCCACCUCGCCUGCGCGCGCGGACUCGACGGUGCUGAUGGAGACUCCGGACAAGCGUGCGGCCUCGGAGCCGGCCGAGGCGGUGUCCCUGGCCAUCAAGCGGAUGAGGUUCAAGGCUCAGAUGCCGCAGCAGGUCUUCUUGGAGCAGCUGGAGGACUUCAAGGAGUACCCAGCGUCAGAGUGGGCGACCAAGAUGCCCGAGGGCUACAGAGAGAGGAUCGCCCCGGACGUGCUCUCGGAGGUCUACUCGACGGGGAAGACGGCGGAGGCCUGGGCGAGGGACUACAUCCGGGACCGGGGCCUCACCGACUGCAACACCGCUCGGGAGAUGAUCGCGACCUUCGCGGCCGUGGACACCAUGCUCAUGACGGACCGCCAGAAGGGGCUCUUGAAUCAGGUGAGCUUCGAGAGGCUGGUGCGAAAGGGUUACGCGCUGGUGAGGGCCUACCGCAACGUGCACUGCCGCGACGAUUGGAGCAGGCCCAAGGACUCCAAGAGCUGGAAGUCCAAGGUCGACUGGGAGGCGGCGCGGCGCUUGGACCCGCAGCUGGCGGACGAGAGCACGAUCAGGGUCAUGAGUGCGGAGGAGGAGGUGAAGAAGGCCAUGGGUCGGGACGCGCAGUUGAUCAAGGCGCGCACGGACCUGGACGGCGGGGGUGCGAGCCCGCCAACGUCGAGCUCACGGCGGGUGCUCUCACGCUGGCGGGAGGAGUUGGACAUCGUGCAGCGGGCCAAUCGGUGCUUGCUGGGACUUCGCCAGCUCUACCGUGGGACGUUUGGCGACGAGCUCUUGCAUCCUGGGGAGAUCUGGGGUCAGGGGCCACUGCCCAGCACCAUGGACGGGGACCUCUCGAGGUCUGUGUCGCCGAGAGUGGCUCAGAUGCUGGACGAUUUCCGGAGGGAGAUGCUGAAGGAGGACGGCGAGGAGUGCGUCAGGGCCGCGGAGGUGAAGAACUACGUGGACCCGCACUUCCGCCGAAAGAAGGACAUGCUGAUGCUGGCCAGGCGCAUGGCUCUGGCCGGGAUGUUGUGCCGCUGCGAGUCGAAGGUGGACGAGGUCGGGCUCUUCUGUGUGGUGAAGAAGGCCGAGAUCGUGGACGGCGAGCCCUUGGUGUCGUUGGGCUUGGUGUUCGACCAGCGGCGCUCCAACUUACGAUGGCGGUCGCCGCCGUGGUGUGCCAUGGGCGGUGUCAGUGCCAUGUCGUUCCUGGACGUGUCCGAGGAGAUGACGGAGGAGGGCGCUCGGAUGGUCUUUGGGACUGGCGACCUCCCCGACUUCUACUACGCGUUGGACUUGGGCGAGGCGAUCGCGCCCUACUUCGUGCUGCCUGGGGUCCGGGCUUCGGAGCUUCUCGACGUUCUCCCCUCGGACGCCUGCCUGAGUGGGUUGGGCGAGCACGUUGGUGUGCGGGUGGCGCUGAUGGGCUUUUCUUGGGCCUGCUGGAUGGCCCAGACGACCAUGGAGGACCUGUUCAACUCUGGUCCCUCCCUGGGCAUGCCCGCUCUCGCCGAGGAGCAGCGGCUGGCAGAAGGCGGUCCGCUGCCCCUGAUCAGUCGAGAGGUUCCCGCGGCCCACUACGAGUACAUCGACGACUUCGGCAUCAUCGGGGUGGACUACCCUCCCGUCGCCGACGCCGAGCCGCCCACGCAGGUCAGGGACAUCUGGUUGGGAGCCAAGUACUUGGUGAACGCCGCGGGCUUCAAUGUGCACAAGGACGACUGCUCGGGGCAGGCUCGGAUGAUCGGCGGGGACUUUGUGGGCACCCGCCUCGCCCCGAACCAGGACAAGAUGUGGCUGGCCGUGGCCGGGGUGAGCGAGAUCCUCAGGCAGCGGUCGGAGUUCCCGGACGCGGUGGCCAAGAUCGUGGGCAUCCUGUCCUGGGGCUUUCUGAUCACUCGAGGGGCCCUGAGCGUCUUCUCGGAGGUCUACCACUGGUGCAUGGAGUUCCGAGGGGGCCCCCGCCGUCGGCUGCCCGACGAGGUCCUUCGCGAGCUGGCCUUGGCAGCGGCGGUGGUGCCGUUGGCGUCUGUCGACCUGGCCAUGCCCUGGGACCCCACGGUGACGAUGUUCGACGCGAGCCUCUACGGCGGGGCUAUCAUCUCUGCCCAGGCCGACACCCAGGAGAUGCGUCGCGAGGCGCCGAAGGAGCGACUGCAGGGCGAGACCGUGCUGCCCGCCGAGACGGGUCAGGUGAUCGAGGAGCUGGCGGACAUCGCGGAGGAGGAUCCGUUCGCGCCGCUACGGCUGGGCUGGCCCGUGAGGGCGAAGGUGCUGCGCUUCCUGCACCUCUGCAGCGGCCACACGCGCUCGGGCGACUUGGAGUUCUGGCUCGCGCGUCUCGCGGCCCGUCGGGGGUAUGUGAUGCAGUGCACGAACGUGGACAUCGGGUUCGGGCCGGAGUUCGACCUGUCCGAGGAGGUGAACGUGCGGAGGCUGGAGCUGCUCGCCGAGCUGGAGGUGGAGAUGGGCUCGGCGCAGUUGUUGAGCAGCCUGCGCGUGCUCAGGGCGAUUGGCCUCCGAGGUGGCUCGGUCUCGCUGGAGCACCCUGCCGACCCGGGGAAGCCUCCGUUUCCCUCGAUCUUCGCGCCGCCCGAGGUGCUGGAGUGGGAGGAGACUCUCGGUGCCUACAGGGUGACCUUCCCUCAGUGCAUGCGGGGCUGCCCCGCUCUCAAGUUGACCACCAUCUCGGGAACAGCCAAGCACCUGCAGCGGUUCAUUCGCCCAUGUACUCACAAGAACCACAUGGCGAGCUUGUGCGGGAAGGACGAGACUGGCCGCUUCAGGACGCGGGUAGCCCAGGCUUACUCGUCCGAGCUCUGCCGCGUGCUGGCGGAGUGCCACCUGGACGCUAUGCUGGACGGGCGCGAGCGGCGCGAGGCGGAGUUCACAGAGAGGGCCGUGGAGCUGCUGAUCAAGGAGACGCUCGAGCGGAGGCGGCGCGACAUCCGGGACAUCGACGUGCUGCCCGCCUCCUUCCUGGAGACCUCGGAGGCGGGGCUGUCACUUCUGCCCUACUCGGUGGCCAAGAAGACGGCCCUCAACUGCUACGUGCCCAACGUGCGGCGCUUCCUGGAGUUCGCGUUGGACCUCGACCUGCCCAUGAUGAGCAGGGAGGAGAUCGACAAUUCCAUCCUGGUCUACUCAGACUACCUGGUCGAGGACGAGGAGGUGGGCCCGCACAGGGGCGACUACGUGGUGCAUGGCAUGGCGUUCGUCUGGCCCGAGCUGUCUACGGGCCUCCCGCGCGCCAAUCGGGCUCUGCGGGCGUGGCACAAGAUGCACGUGGCCGGCGAGGGUGGGCCUCAGCCGCUCGAGGUGUGGGCUGCCCUGGACGAGGCCAUGAGGCUGGCCGGGUCCGUGGAGGCCGCAGAUGCAGCAGCGCUGGCGGUCGACGCCUACCUCCGCUCGGCUGAGGUCUUCGCGCUGCGAGUCGAGGACAUCGUGGACGCCGAUGAGGACGUGGUUGCGAUCAAGCUCGGGGUGCAGGAGCGGAACGAGCGCACCAAGACCGGGGUGAGGCAGGGAGUGCUGAUCGACCGCCCGCACGUCGCCACCAUGCUUCGGGCGCGCAAGGCCGCCAAGAAGCCGGGCGAGUUGGUGUUCGGCUGCUCGGUGGAGGCCUACCGCCGUGCUCUUCGGAAGGCCAGCGACGACAUCGGCAUCGCCGCCUUCCCCGCCCACUCCGCGAGGCACUCGGGCCCCAGCCACGACGCGGCGGAGGGCUACAGGACGGUGUGGGCCAUCCAGCGGCGCGGCCGCUGGGCUUCGGAGAAGUCGGUGCUGCGCUACAUGAAGACGCACGCCCUGGUGGCAGCGAGGGCGGCCGUGCCUGCCGCCGUGAUGGCGCGCGGUCGGGAGCUCCUGGCCAGGCAGGCGCCGCGCCCGGAGAAGGCGCGAGAGUAA